AUAUUCCUUGCGCCUGCGUGCUGCACUCCACCAUCAUGGCCGCCAAACUGGACCGAAAAGUUUCUGCUGAGCUCUAAUUUUGAUGUUUUCAAACCUUUUAUGAUGUUUUCGCUCCGCCAAUUGAGUUCCACACGAAGCCUUCCUAACAAGCAACAUUUUGAAAAGUUACUGGACUCGGCCGAUAACUCGGUCCGCCAAAUAUGGGUCAGUCCGGGGCAUAUCUUCGUCAGCUGGCAGGGCGGACAUCGUCUGACGUCGUUUGACACAGUUCCCGUUCAGAGACAUAGUUUCGAUCCACAGGAGGCAAGAAAGACCGACGUUUGUAGUGAAGCCGGGUGUUUGGAUCUCCAGAGACAAGACACUGAGGUGAUUUCACUUUGCUUCAAGAAGAAGAACCCCACAGAACUUUACAUUGCCUUUACAAACGGGGAGGUUGAAGUGUGGGCGUAUCUCACACAAGAGGGGUCCCGCACUCCAAACUGGACUUCCCGUGGCGGUUUCGGACUUUGGAACGGAGACCACAACGGGAGGCGUGUGUGCUCGCUUUUUCUUCACGAGGAGCAGAACUGUUUGUACUGGUGUGAAAAGAGGGCUACAGAUGUGUCGUCGUCACCGAACCUAAAUUCGGACAACAACGGUACUCGCUAUGUUCACUGCGUGUCGAAGAAAGGACUCCCACUUAGUCAUGAGACAGUCAGCAGUUACACGGUGGGGUCAACGUUCACGUUUCUGGAACACUGCCCCCCUUGUCAGCUCUACCCCACGCAAGACGGUGUGGUGGUGUGGCCAGAACAACCCUGUCCAGCGGGGCUGUACUUCACGUGGCACCAAACUAAGAACACGCUCCGGACAUGUAGUCUAGACAAGGGGUGUGUAACUGCUCGUACGAAAGUGGUGUCUCAUGGAGUAUCGUUUGCUGAUGCCGUGAAAUCAUCAGUUUCUGCAUGGGCACAGAUCAGCCAGCUAAGAAACAAUGGCGUAGUUGCCAUAGUCAGAGAUCCCAUCCAAGAUCAGUUGCUCCUUGUCUUAGAGAGUGGCGACGUGAAGUCGUUGUCUAACAAAGGUCAUCUGCAACACAAGUGUCACAUUGCACAGUGGGCAACCGUGUUUAACUCUGUAGUGCCGGGUGAGUGCGAGUGGUUUGUUUACACCUUUGCUAUUGGUUGCGUUCUACCCGAUGGGAAGGUGUUCUUGUUUCACGCUGAAACGGGAACUCUAGUCCAGGAAAUCCAGGGUUUCUGUGAACAAGACUCAGAAGGCAGUACGUCCUUGUGGGUUGGAAGUGGCCAGCUGCCCGGUGUUGGGUUUUGGAGUGCCAGACAUGGUGUGUGGGAGCUCUGCUUAUCAGUGACUGACACUGCAGGUACUAGGGCAGUGCUUAACACUGGGGAACAUGUACGGUUGAUGACAGGACUGAGCCAAACAAGCAGUGCAGCACGGCUGACUCUAGAAGAAGCAGUCAAGUACUACAAAGACAGAACCAUUCACGGCGAGAACAUCGACGUAGAAAGUCUGAUGAAGAACACCAUGCUGCAAAGCCCAGCUCUUCUUGUGGCUCUCCUUCACAGUCACUCCAGACAGGCGUCAGACCAAAUAGAGAGGGAACACUUGGAACAGCUCAUGACCUUGUACCAAAGUAGCGGCCCGAUGACUCGAAUGCAAGAGUCACUUCAUCCACUGCUGAAUCAGUUCUGGGACUUAGAGACCAAGUGGAAGAGUCUGAUAGAAGCCUGUGGAAGUACAGAACAAGAGAUACAAGAAAGAACAAUACAGACUGAAGUGAGGAUAUUGCUGAAAUCAGAAGAUAACAUUUCUCCAACCAGCAUGGCUCAGCUGGAGUUACUUGCACUCAAGUUCCCGACAGAAUUUGUAAGAACACUUCUCAACGACCUACAGGUCACUCACCUGUCUGAAACUAGUCACCUUUUGACCGACCAAACAACUUUGUGGUCAACAGUGUUGAGUACAGAGAGGACGUCUCACAACAUGCCAGUAUUCGAACUGAUCUGUAGAUUACUGUAUAAAGAACAGCCUUCACAGCUUCUAGCCUUUGUCCAGAAGGCCUCCUAUGUCAAAGACGAUAUCAAAGGUCCCUCUGCUCUCAGCAGAAGCAGUAGUUUAUAUGACAGGGCUUUACAAUGUCUACAUGUGCCAGAGAACUCCUGUAUGAACAUAGAUAUGGUACUGGCUUACUGUGACUUGCUCGCCAAUACCUCCAGCAAGGAUGCAGCUUUGGAGGCGCUUAGACUUCUUCUCAGGUUUAACAGACUAGAGGAGGCCGUCAGUCUUGUGUCAAAGAACUCAGAUCAGAGCAAGCAACACUUUGCCCUCUUCCACAACCUUUUGGUCAACAUCGUAGAAAGCGGGACGCUCCAAUGUGCGGACCAGUCUGUCUGGGACCUGGUACCUAAGAAACUUGGAGCCGAUCAGCUGCUGAGUCUACUUCGAGAACAUUUACCAAAGAGAAGAGGAAAGAGUGGGAAGGGGACGAGAUUGCAGGUCCUGUGCGCAUCACCAAGUGACACUUCACUCUCUGUACUGAAGGGAGUUCUGUUGAGGACCAUUUUGGAACAUGAGGAUGCAAAGGAAAAACAUUGUGGGGAAGAAUGACCAACUUUUAACACAUUCUCAGUACAUGUAUUUGUUUUAAUGGCUGUUUUUUUGUCCAUUGUGCGAGGGUUAAACAUGCACUAUGGCUGUCAAGUUUAGAUGGCAGUCGUCCAAGCUAUGCAGGUUUACAUUUCUCUCCUGGUUGGUCCGAUGGGAUCUGUCCUUUGUAAUUGGGUCAUUUUGACAAUUUUCUAGGCCAUUGCUCAUUCAUUCUCUGUAUCAUGUGGUCAUGCCAGCAAAGUCGUAACACUGUGGAAAAUACAAACUAAUCUUGGGUUGAUGCUAUUUUUGAUUCAAUCCAUACAACUGGACAACUUUUGAGAAAUAGCACACUUUUCAGAUGUCAUCCGACAUCUUUCUUGAGAGAAAGAAAAUACAGAUACAGGUUGCAAGUACAUUGUGUGUUGUAUGUUCUGAAGCAAUAAUAACAUGUAUAUCUGUGAUAUAGUGUAUAGAAGAGUGAUUUUUCUCUUACUAGUAUUACACGGAAUGUAUGAAUUUUUUCUGUUUUAAUUUAUGAUGGAAAUUUCAGAUGAAGCGUCAUUAAUGCAAUAUACACGUGCCUUACUAAGAUUAGAUUACAUUAAAAUAAAUGACAUUGUACAAAACUGAUUAAAAAUCAUAUGUAAGCUA